GGCGCCGGAUGUGACGUCAGCUCCACCGAGUCCAGCUGAUCGGAUCGGACUCAGAUCUCUUUAAUAGGUGAUGUUGUUUUCAAUGUGAACACCUGGAGCUCACAGCUGCACGCGCCGCGGACUAUUAUCGAGAACUACCAGCGCGUGCAGCGGGCAGCCGAGAGACGUCACGAGACCAAUUACUUGUUAGUUCGGGCUGUUGCAUCACCAAGGCCUACCUGAGAUGCUAACGAGCUAGCUGUCACCGUUAGCGCGAGACGAGAAGUGCUGCAUUCAGGGACGAUGACGGACUGCGGAAAAACAGGUUUUAGAGUCAGCUAAAAAGAGCUAAGCAAAGAUAAGCCUGCAGCCUCGGAGGAGCCAGUAAGGAGGAGCCUUUUAUGUUGGCCUGUGGGUAGACACACACACACACACACACACAGUGGUCCAGGAUGUAGUCUGGUCUCCUUGUACACUGUAAAUACAUCUCCUGCUGCUGUCACUAACACAGACAGACGCUCUCAUCUUCUGGUAUUAGAUUGUCUGUUUGCCUGGCAGUCCUUGAACAUCUCAGUAGGUCUUCAAUAGGUCUCUGAAGGUGCUGGGGUCUCUCAGGGUCUUUGGGUCCUGGGUCCGGCUCCAGGAUGUGGCUCCGCCUCUUCUUCCUGCUGCUGUACUUCCUGCUGCUCUUCCUGCUGGCGAGGAUCUUUGAGGCAGUGGUCUGGUAUGAGACUGGGAUGUUCUCCACACAGCUGGUGGACCCAGUGUCCCUGAGCUACAAGAAGCUGAAGACCAUCCUGGAGACUCGGGGACUCGGAUAUGCCGGACUAGCUGAGAAGAGGGACGUUAGCGAGCUGGUUGAGAAGUCAGGUAAAAGAUCUUGACUUUUAACCUUUUGAAAUUACAGCUCUGAUUUAUCAGUGCAAAAAAAAAAAACAUUCCUGACCAUAGUCAAAGGUCACACCAUCAGUCACAUGACUCCGUCCAUCACAUCAUGUAACUGUAAAAAGUGACAUCUGUUUGUGACUGUGGACUUUCUCAUAAAUUGAUUGGCUGGUGGAAAGCGACAAAACUAAGUCUGUCCAUCAGAUACUUGCUCUGACAUUGUGUAACGACUUUAUGUGAAAUGUUGAUUAGAUACAGGAAAACCAGCUGACCCCUCAGUUCAUGUCAGACCUGAUGUCGGGGAGACCGGGGCUUGUUGUCACACUUUUUACACAUUUAUAUAUUUCUUGGAAUCAAUCCAUCAUAUAUAAACAAAAUGUGUAUUAGAUGAAAGACCAAAAUCUCAGGUAGAUAUUUCGCAUUCAUUGUCAUUUUCAUAUCUUGUGUCAGUGCAGAGUUAUAAGCAAUCAAAUAGAGAGUGUGAACAUGUGACAUGUUGCCCCACCAUUGGGUAAGUUGUUUCACUACAUGGGGUAAGAUGUCACAGUGGAUUUUGCAGCUAAUAAAAAAAGGACAAAAUUAUUGUUGUUCUUAUUUUUUUUUUACAUGAAAGUGAACAUCAUAGUCAGGCACAGAAAAUAUUUAUCAUUGAGAAAGAAAAAGUAAUUGAACAAACGUUAACAUAAAAUAUUAUACAACAUGUUCUGGAGUUUGGAGAUCUGUCUGACUCUGUAUUUUGGCUGGGGUGAAUGUUUUGCUGUACCGAGCCAAGAUAUUGUAGUUGACAUUAAAGUCCUUCAUUGUACUCGCUUUCUCCUCUCUUUUAAACCACUCAAAAUUUCAAAUAAGACAACUGCUGAUAAGCAGACUCUCUAUGUUAGUUUUAAUCUCUUUUAAAAAUGUGAUAACUAACCCCAAAAUGACUGAGACAUGUUGCCCCAAACUACCAUGUCUGCUAAUUCUAGCUCUAGUUUAAAGUUAGCUUAAAACAGAACAAUGACUGAGGUAUGACAGGAUGCCUUAAUCUCUCCUCUAACAAGUCCAAAUGUAUCACUGCUAGGACUUUUAUCUGGAAGAAGCUUAUUUUAAAAUAUAUCUAUAUUUUUUUACUUUGGGUUGUGUGAAAUGGUUAACUGGCGCUCAUUUCAGCUCACAAUGUGCUCUUCUCUUCUCAGACAUGACCCCUGACCAUAUAAAGAAAGAAAACUAGUAUUCCUCUUUUUAGUUGCGCCCUCUUGUGGCUAAAAUUAUUGCAAUGUGACAACUUACCCAUGUGACAACAAGCCCCGGUCUCCCCUACAGGAGAACCUCUGUGUCCAUGAACCUAAACUGCUUCAACUGUUUUUAAGCACAGAGUAGUUUUCAGUAGUUAAGUGAGCAAGAUACCAAACAGAUAAUUCAAACAUUUCACCUCAUUUAUUUAGAGUUUGAUUGUCACUGAGGAGGCGCUGGAUCCAACCAAACAGGUGUUGGUGUUCAUGUUGUUCUCCUCGCACUUCCUGUCUCAAGCUGUCCUUUCAUCAAGUAUAUAAUGUAAAAUGUUUUAUGUUAAUUGUUUUUUCAUUGACCUUUUAUAUAUGAUCAUCUGAGCUCAUAAUUUUUCAUUGAUGACUCUGGCCUUGCUCCCUCAGGUGAGCUGACUCAUGGCGAGCUGUACUCUGCGAUGAAGAAGGAGACGGAGCAGACAGAGGCUGGAGACUCAAGCAGCACUAACUUCAGUGGAGAGAUGCACUUCUACGAGUUAGUGGAGGACACGAAAGAUGGGAUCUGGCUGGUUCAGGUAUAAUCACCUGUUUUAUGCAAAAUAAUUUUGCACAUUAACAGCUUAAAAAGAUAGGUUGUGUAUAAUUUCUAGAUGCUUAAGUGUCUAUAAAGUGCUGGACAGUAAAGUCUCAGUUCUUUUUUGUCAACAUCUAAAGAGGUGGUAUUGUGCUUUUUGUAUUUUACAAACAAAUACUAAGUCAAAGUGUUCAGUGUCAAUACUAAACAUGGGCAGACUUCCCAGGAUGAGACCACAGGCUGCUCUGAUCAGUUUGUUGAAAAACAGAAACUGAACAAAUGCACAUGAGAUUUGCUCAAGUCGUGACAUCACUGGUUAGUGAAUCUCCUCAGGAAUAAACUCAACUCUUAUCGGACAGAAGACAGAAACAUCCUGCUCUGCUCUUUCUUGAAGGGGAUUUUUUUUGUUGCUCUUCUAGGGUCAAAUCCAGGGUUCAGAAAUAUGUCCAUAUUCCUUAUUUGGUGUUUUAAGUAGCUCUUGUCUCUGUGUGUCUCUGCAGGUCAUCGCCCAGAACCGGGACGCUUUGCUUAGUCAGUCUAACUGGGGAAAAAUGGUGCAAAAAGUGUCCCAGUUUGGAAUCAGGACUGGGACCUUCAACUGCUCCAAUGACCACAGGUGAGACCCUCGGACACCUUGAACCCCACAGCUUUUUGCAGUGACUCUGAGUGCUGCAGUUGUAUUUCCUUUAUUUGACAUAAAUGCACAAGAGUAACUUUAGUAAGUCAUCAAGCAGACCUCCGUUCAGCUAAAGUAGUCUCAUUAAUUGUCAUUAAAAUAGUUUAUGCACCAGAGAAAGAUCAGUGUGUGACUCUAACCUGGUUUAAAGUCACCCUUUGCUCCGCCCCUCAGAUCAUGCAUCAGGCGUGGCUGGCAGCGCUCCACCCUCAUCAUGGCGGUUCCUCAAACGUCAGCGUCAAAGGGAAAAGUCAUGCUCAGAGAAUAUGACGGCAGGCGCAUUGAGACCGAACACAUCUUCCGCUGGAUGACCUCACAUGUUUCUCAGCGAAUCAAAACUCUGCGUCACUCUGAGCAGCUGAAGGAGGAGUGGCGUCCUGACCCCACCCACCCGGUGAAGAUGUUUUUAUUCGCACAUCUGUCACAGCCACCUGCUUUCUUCUCCUCGCUGUCUGUGAAAUUCACAGGAAGGAUAGACUUCAUCUUUGUUGACAUCCGUCACUGGGACAACCACAGCUGCCUAUCAGAGAUCGGUGUGACACAGAGCCCUGCCUACAUCCUCAAGAUGCCAGAGGGCAUUUAUCGCUACGGCAACAGGUAUUGACCGUUCAUGACAAUACUAAUCAAAAUAUGUUCUGACAAAGAAAUAUUUGAAUAUGCACACAAACACUUCCCACUCUCAGUACAGGGGAGUUCUUGUCCUUGGUUGCCAUGGAUACGUUCCUGCGGUCUGUCCAGCCUGAGGUCAACGACCUGUUUGUCCUCAGUCUAGUUCUGAUCAACCUGCUGGCUUGGAUGGACCUCUUCAUCACUCAGGUGACUUCCUGUGUUUCUGGUUCAGAGACAAAGGUAAAUGUAUUAUUACUACUAUUUUUUUUAAGCAAAGUCCGUCUUUGUCUGAUCAACAGGGAGCGACGGUUAAACGUUUUGUGGUUCUGAUUCGGACUCUGGGAACAUAUAACUCCAUCCUGCUGGUGUCCUGGCUCCCUGUUCUGGUAGGAAAUGUUUUAUUCUUCAGAUUUUACAUCAAUAAAUGACUUUUUAAUCAAUACCAGUACAGCUCACACACAAACUCUGAGGUUAACUAGCUUUACUUCCACUGAAUGGGAGUUUGGUUGAAAUAAUAAACACUGAUUACUGAAUGGUCUUCCCCAGGCUCUCCUGCAGCUGCCUUACCUGGAUGCUCUAUACGGCUACAGUUUGAAGCUGCUCAGGUAUGCUGACACCACCACGCUGGCCAGUCUGGUGAGGGCGGACUGGACCUUCUACUCCUCACACCCUGCCCUCUUCCUGUCCACAUACCUGGCCCACGGCCUGCUGGUUGACUACUUUGAGAAGAAACGCCGCUGCGGUGCCAGGAGUCAGGAGGACAGCACCACCAACCUGGAGUGGCUGGCCAGUCUGUGGGACUGGUACACCUCCUACCUGCUCCACCCAAUCGCCUCGCUGCAGCAGGUCCCAUCCGACCACUCAGACUGGGACGAGGAUCCAAACUUUUUACUGGAGCGUCUGGCUUUCCCUGAUCUCUGGCUUCGCCCUUUAGUAGACACAGACUACAUAAAAGCCCUUCCCACAUGGAGGUUUAGAGCUUGGAGUGGAACAGAGGGGGCGGGGUUUGAUGAUGAGGCAGACAAAGAGACAGACAGUUCUCGCUCAGACUCAGAGAGCAGCGAGCAGACCGAUGAGUCACCUGACAGAGGUCCACACACUGACCCCGCAGCGUCAUGCUCCUCCUGUCAUGAAAACAGAGACUUGCCAUUGGCUGAUAGGUCACCGGAACAUCAGCCCUGUGAUUGGUCGGUUUGGCCGUGUGACGUGCUGCACUGCUCAGAGUGCGUGGUCUGUCUGGAGAACUUUGUGAACAAGGAACUGCUGAUGGGUUUGCCCUGUGGCCAUGCCUUCCACCAGCAAUGCAUCAUGGUCUGGUUAGCGUCAGGCCGACACUGCUGCCCUGUGUGCCGCUGGCCAAGCUACAAGAAAAGACAGCAGAGGGCGGCAGCGAGCAGCUUAGCCCAACACUCACUGCAGGACUGAUGAUUGGCUAAUGACUCUGAGCCUGUGAGCAGCCCAGCAGAGGAGGACUGUAGGACUGCUGAACCUGAAACUCUUUGACUUAAAGAUUCCUGUCUGAUCAGGUGGACUCUGAGUCAAAACAUCAUUUCAUCUUGCUCAACACACACUCACAGAGCAACCUCUUUGUUGGCAUUAAAGCUAGCUUAGCACCUCUGUCUUAUUGUUAUGGCUUGCAUGGGUGGAGGGUUGUAAAUGGUGAUAUAACAGCUAGUUUUGAGUUUCUUCAUGUCAGAGGUUACAUGCUGUUGUGGUGGAUGGUCACCAUGGAAACCGAAGAAAGAAAUCCACACAGAGCUGAAGGAAGACUAAAAGUUUUUAGUGCAAUAAUACAUCUUUUAGUUAUAAUUUUGUUCCUGAACUGUAACUACAUCAUGCUAACAGUACCAGGUGAAUCACUUGAAGUUGAACUCGUCAGCCUCAUUAAGCUAACUACAGACACACAGAAACACUAUUUGCUCCAUCAUGCAUUACUUAAAGCUUCAUGUGUCUCUCUUUAACCCUCUGAUCUACCAGUCAACACUUAAAUAUAUUAAAAAUGAAAUCAAUAAAUUGUAAGGACAUGAAAGAAAACUUCACAACUGU